AGGCAUACAUUAAACCUUUGACUUAAUUGGGGCAACUUCAAUGUUAUCUGCAGCUUUAUCAAUCUGACAUCUUAACUUUUACCCAAUUUUGUUUCAGAUAACGACAUUCAAUAUCUCGUUAGUUGUUCAUGGGACAGUAGCAGAGGACGAUGAUUUUCAGAAGGAAGAGGGAAACCCAUAUGCUAUUCCAAAAAGCAUGGGCAUUUUUGAAAUACUUGAGAGUCCGUUGGACAUUACAACUAGCACAAUAAUAAAGAGGAUUGUAUCAAAUCAUGAGGCUUACCAGUGCCCACAGAGGUGCACACCGUCCAAUAAUGAAUCUUCAUGAGAGAAGUUUAAGUGUUUUAGCAUGUCGUUAUGUUGAUGAAGUGAUAAUAGGUGCUCCAAGGGAGGUGUCGAGAGAUAUGAUAACAACAUUCAAUGUCUCAUUAGUUGUUCAUGGAACAGUAGCAGAGGACAAUGACUUCCAGAAGGAAGAGGGAAACCCAUAUGCUAUUCCAAAAAGCAUGGGCAUUUUUGAAAUACUUGAGAGUCCGUUGGACAUUACAACUAGCACAAUAAUAAAGAGGAUUGUAUCAAAUCAUGAGGCUUACCAGAAGAGGAAUGAGAAGAAGGCAGAAAGUGAGAAGAAGUAUUACGAGGGAAAGACAUACAUUAGCGAUUAGUACCAUCCAUCGAAGAUUCUACCUUCCAUUGUUUACUUAAAAAGUUGAUUCCUUUGUAUCUGGUUUCUGGCAGGGGAUGCCAUAGGAUGCAGCAGUUAGGGUCAGCAUGUUUGUUUGAUUUGUUUAUUUCAGGGUUCUGGUAUAUGUGCCUCCCUCUUUGGAUACUUACUUUUCUCCCUUUCUUUAUUCCAUAGUAUGUACCCAUGUCACCAACUGAAUUAUAAAGAAAUUUAUGUUCUGUUU